AUGGACUUGAUCACGAGCAGCCACCACUGGCGGGGCUCAUGCCCAUGUGAAGAUGUUAGAACAACAACAUUUGAGGGUUUAACUCUUCGGUUUCGUUGGAGUGGAGAUCCGUCUCAGUUACAGCCCGUGAAUGUCAUAAAUGAAAGCAGGCCCACCCUAGCAGUAUGGAACACGGUAGCUCUUAAGAUGUUUUCUUGUUGUUCAAAACAUUGGCACACCUCGUGA